AUGGUAGUUCCAUUUUCCAUCCUUUCAUUGCUUGCAGCUGUACUGACGAUAGGAUUCCUACCGGAAACUAUGGGCAAGGCAAUGCCAGAAACCAUUUCUGACUCUUUUCCUCAGCUCUGA